GCUUCAAACCCCGCGCAUCAAGUGUCUCUCCCCGGCCCCGAGCACGUGUAACCGGCACCGCUGGAAUAAUCGAGCUGAAACCGGUUCUUGCCCGUUGUUCUGCAGACUACGCACCUACGUUAGUGAGUUACGCAGGAGUUACGCAAACAACGCACAACUUUCUCGCGCAAGCGUAACUCCAAACUCACUGCUCACGGUCUCCGAGCAGGAAUCUGAUGUUGAAACCUGUACGGUUACGAACGCCUGCUAUUUCACCGGCAAUUUAGUAUACGUUAAAUUGAUUGCCUGAAACGAUUUUUUUUGGAGAUACUGGAAAACGUAACAACUGUAUUUAAGUUUUGCAUUUUACGAAGAAAACAAUACCAGUUUUUAGCCGUUGCAGGAUAUUUGAGCUGUGUGUAAAGUGACAGAAAGAGCGAGAAUCAUGAUGAAGAUCAGUCCCCAUUCACUCUUCCUCUUCGGUCCUUAAGACACAGUCUGGAAUCAAAGCUUGAACGUCUCAGACAUCACAACGGCCACAGAAGAGAUCAAAGGGAGGGAGUUGAGCUCUUCCUCUGUGCAAGCUUCAUCAUCAUCCUCUACAUCUGCAAUGGAGGUUGCCCUGGCUCAUCCUGCCCUGAAGGCCUUCAUGUGCGGCUCUCUCAGCGGCACCUGCUCCACCCUGCUGUUCCAGCCGUUGGAUCUGGUGAAGACCAGACUGCAGACCCUGCAGAACAACAUGCACCCAGGUGCUCCUAAAGUGGGAAUGAUUACAGUCUUUUUCAACGUGAUCCGCACAGAGAAGCUGCUUGGCCUGUGGAAGGGGGUUUCACCAUCAUUCAUGCGCUGUAUCCCUGGUGUGGGGAUCUACUUCAGCACAUUUUACUCGCUGAAGCAGCACUUCUUCCAGGAUAGGUCUCCGAAUGCUGGGGAGGCGGUGUUGCUUGGGGCGGGGGCUCGUUGUGUGGCAGGUGUGGCCAUGCUGCCCAUCACAGUCAUUAAGACUCGUUUUGAAAGUGGGCGGUACAAUUACAUAAGUGUAGCUGGUGCUCUUAAAAGUGUGUGUCAGAACGAAGGACCGAGGGCACUUUACUCCGGCCUCACAGCGACUUUACUCAGAGACGCCCCGUUCUCUGGCAUCUAUGUCAUGUUCUACAGCCAGGCCAAAAAGGCUUUGCCACAGGAGAUCAGCUCAUCCUCCUUUCUUCCACUGGUUAAUUUUGGCUGUGGUGUGGUGGCUGGUGUUUUGGCCUCUCUAGCCACUCAGCCAGCAGACGUGAUCAAAACCCACAUGCAAGUGAGCCCAGCGUUGUAUCCCAAGACCAGCGAUGCUGUACGCCAUGUUUAUACUAAGCAUGGAUUGAGUGGGUUCUUUCGAGGAGCAGUUCCUCGUUCUCUGAGGAGAACCCUCAUGGCUGCCAUGGCCUGGACUGUGUACGAGCAGCUGAUGGCACGCAUGGGACUGAAGUCCUAAAGACACCCAACGUACUUAAUGUGCGGACUUCAUUCUGUGUGUCUCCGCUACAGGAGUGUGCGCUUUUCAGACGAUGGUGAAAAGAUGGCGUUCUAUUGUCCUUGAAGGCUUUAUAAAAACAAAAGCAGCUAGUGUUGGCUGAGGUACCGGUAAUAGUAGGUUUGUGUGUGUGUGUGUGAUUGUCUGUGUGUGUAAGUGUUUUCAGGUGCAGUGAGUCUUUACCCCGUGACACCUCUGACAGUGACAUUCCUAAAUUGCCACAUUGUGAGUUUGUCUGCCUGCAUAUUGAGACAGGGGUCCGCACUGAAGAAUACCAAUGAGAGACUGCUGAAUCAUGUGCCAUCAGCUCACAAGAAAACACUCCUUUCACAAGAAGAAAAUCCCCGUCUUGGCAACUAACCUUAGAAUACCACAUGUCUCAGUGUCAUUGAAAAGUGCCCACCUUUUCAGGGUUUUCAGAAAUGCACGACUCCAUAGACUCCAGUGUCUGAGAUAGUUCCUAAGCCUAAAUCCUUUUUAGUCGAGGAUGAGGCUUAGUGGGUGUCCAAGAGACUGGUGUUACAAAGACAUGUUGACAUAAUACUCCAGCACUCCGACAAUCAGACCGAAUUACUCUAGGGCUGAGAAACUCAACUGACAACACAUGACUGUCUCACCAACAUACUCCGUUCCGACUAUAAUUGCUCGUCUCAAUGCGAUGAUUUGUGCUGUUCUACUGAUUUCUUGUGCUGUAUGACUGGAUGGAUUUAUCAGUGCAUUCCGAUACACUGGGUUUUUUAUUUUCUUGAACGCUCACUCCUAGGCGCAGACAAAGCCAGGAUUUGGACUGAAUGAGACUUCAUAAGAUUUAGACCUGGAGAAACAUUUAAUAUUUAUUAAAGAACCGGGAGAAUAAGUGUUAUUGUUCCUGAGAAAACAAUGUUUGAAGUGGAACGUAUCAGAAAUUGCAAUACUUAAUUUAUCGUAUUUGCAAACGUCAGAUCAUUUUGAUUGACUAUUUGUCGUAUUGACAUUUUGUGUGAAACCAAUGUAAGACUCCAUAGUGUCAUCGGUGGUGCUCGGUGUGAACACAGUGUAAUGUUGAUUCAACAUGACCCAUAGGGGCAGUUUUAGGAAGUCUGUCAAAAACAUGUCCAGGUGGUUGUUCAAACUUAAAAUUCGUAGAGAAGAUUAAGCUUAUGAGAACCAUUAGGAUUUUUGGCUUUGUGACAUUAGUUAUAUUAAUUUUAGGCACAUUUUCUCCCCAAAUUAGCAUUACUAUAUAUAUAUAUAUAUAUAUAUAUAUAUAUACUUAAUUUUUACAACAUGGUAGUCUUUGUUGUCCUGCCUUUAAUCAGCAAAUUACAGUAAUAUAUACUAUAAAACCUUUGAUAAUAAUGGGAGAAAAAACUUCAUUUAAAAGUAAAAUUCAAGGAUGCAUAACAAUAAUGGGAAUUUAGGGGAAUAUACUUAAUUGUCUUGUAAAUAAUGUCACAAUGCAAAAAUAUUUAUGGAUUCGAUGUAUAGAAUUUGAUUUAAGCCAAAUAUAUUUUCUUUCCUUUGUAUUGUUUUUUUCCUCUUGAAAUUUUGGGGGUUAUUAUCAUGUGGACAUGUUUUCAUUAAAUUCACAGCCUAAACCUUUGGGUUUAAUGUUCUCUCGGUUAUCUUGGUGAUAUUACUUUACCAUUGCCACUGUAUAUACUUUGAGAGCUCGUACUCUGUAUGUGCACUGGUUAGUGUCAAUCUUAAUAGGAAUUAAAGGUUUUGGUUGUACUACAAGGAUCAUUACCAUAUACAUUAAAUGACUGGCUAUUUAAAUUCAGGAAUUUGUUAUAUUCAAGUAAUAAUAAUUUAAUUUAGUUUGCUGAAUUCAAUUCCAUUAAAAAUUUGUUUUAAGUGGUCUUGAUGAAAAUUAGAUUGGCUUCUUCCUGACACAGCAUGAUAAUCUGCUGCAGAAUGCACUUCAGUUUCCUUAGUAUGAAGUUUGGAAGACAUGUGGAGCUAAGUAAUACAUUAGUUUUAUAUCAGUUAAGUGGUUCAUAAGUUUCGAUGACUGCACACUACAUGCAUAUAGUUUGUGAAAGCACUUUAAAUUCAGUAAAGUUGAUUGCAUUCAAACUGAUUCUGGGUGGUGUGUGUGUGUGUGUUGGUCACGUUGCUGUGUAAGCCAUUGUGCUUUGUGCUGUACUGUGGAGAUACUCUUUUGCCUUCACACAAUCAGUAUUGUCUCUUCAGCAUUACUUAUUGCCAUUAUUGUUGAUAUUUUGUCUGUAUGUGACAAUAUUUGCGCAUGCAAAUGUUGCCCCUAUUUUAAUAUGUGAAUAAAUCUGCCCUGUUUUAUAAA